UAAAUUUUAACAAACAUAUUUAAUUAACAUCUUACCAUUAUUAUUUUUUUCUUGAGGGAAGGAUAGAGUAAGAAAAAAGAAACACAGAAAAGAAACGUUUGUAACCCUAAUUCUACAGAUUCCAAUUCGUAGAAUUUGCUGCGAUUACAAAGGAAAUUCCAUCUCUCUCUACCGAUUACUAAUCACAAUUUUCUUUUCUAUCUAAUAUCUUGCAUUUCGCAUUUCGUAUUUCCAGCAUCAAUUCAAGUUACAUUUCGAGAAAGAAAUUGAAGAAAUUUUUUCGACGAUUCCAAAAAAUUUGAAGGUUCGUUUAGGACCAAUGUUAGUAUACAUUGUAAGUUUUAAGAUUUAAAGUUUGUAGUUUAGCAUUAAAUUUUAUUGAUUAGUAUGCGAGCUCAAAUUAAAAAAAUCCAGAUUUUGGGGCUUCAGUUAAACCCAUUGAAACCCCCUUGGAUACGCCACUGUUCUAUUCCAUUUCCUAUUGAUAGUACAUUAAUUAGCAGUUCAAAUAGUUUUGUUAGCAGUAAUCAUGAUAGAAAUAUUGGUGAUAAUAGUAGUUGUAAUGCUAAUCCAAGGAUUAAACCUAAGUUAGAAGAACCAGCUCUUAUUAAAUUGAAGAAAGAGAGAGACCCAGAUAAGUUAUUCAAACUUUUCAAGGAAAAUUCCCAAAAUCGUCUUGUUGUCGAAAACAAAUAUGCCUUUGAGGAUACGGUUUCUCGGUUGGCGGGUGCUGGGAGAUAUGAUUACAUUGAGAAUUUGCUUGAGCAUCAAAAGUCCUUGCCUCAAGCUAGGAGGGAGGGCUUUAUUGUUCGGAUUAUAAUGUUGUAUGGAAAGGCGGGUAUGGUUAAACAAGCCGUUGAUACGUUCUACAAUAUGCAUUUGUUUGGUUGUAAAAGGACUAGUAAAUCACUCAAUGCUACCUUGAAGGUAUUGAGUCAGACCCGUGAUUUGGAGGCCAUCAAUUUGUUGCUUGAAGAGGUGCCUUCAGAGUUUGGGAUUACGCUAGAUGUGAUUUCGGUUAAUAUUGUGAUUAAUGCUUUUUGUGGGAUGGGAAUAUUGGAUAAGGCUUAUAUGGUGAUGGUGGAGAUGGAAAAGACAGGGAUAAAACCUGAUGUUGUUUCUUAUACGACUCUUAUAGCAGCAUUCUACAAGUAUGGUCGUUGGGAGAUAGGAAAUGGACUGUGGAAUCUCAUGGUUCAUAAGGGAUGCUAUCCUAACACUGCUACGUUUAAUGCUAGAAUCCAGUUUUUAGUAAGUAGAGGGAGAGCAUGGCAAGCAAAUGAUUUGCUGGGAUUGAUGGAAAAUCUAGAGAUGCAACCAGAUGAGGUUACUUAUAAUUUGGUUAUUAAGGGGUUUUAUCGAGCUGGUUUUUUUGAUAUGGCCAAAAGGGUAUUUUCGGCCUUACAUGGUCGGGGUUACAAAGCUAAUGUUAAGAUUUAUCAAACUAUGGCACAUUACUUAUGCAAGGCAGGAGAUUUUGAUUGUGCAUAUAACAUGUGCAAAGAAUGCAUGAAGAAAAAUUGGAAUCUGAAUGUAGACACCAUCUGUGUAUUACUUGAAGGUUUAAAGAGUAUUGGGAUGGUAGAUAAGGCUGGGGUGAUUUUAAGUUUGGCUCAAAGAAGAAAUCCUCCCUUUCCUGCCAGGCAGCUGGAUGUGUUUAAAGCUAUAUUAGCAAGAUGUUGACAUCUAAUGAGCUGAAUUAAUACAUAAUAACAUGUGCAAAGAAUGCAUGACGAAAAAUUGGAUUCUGAAUGUGGACACCAUAUGCAUAUUACUUAAGGGUUUAAAGAGUAUUGGAAUUGUAGAUAAGGCUGUGGUAAUUUCAAUUUUGGCUCAAAGAAGAAAUCCCCCCUUUCGUGCCAGGCAUCUGGAUGAGUUUAAAGCUAUAUUAGCAAGAUGUUGAAAUCUGACAAGCUGAAGUAUACAUAGUAAAUCAUAUUAUGAUUCUCAUCUCCUAUGCUACGUUGUUGGUGUUAAUUCACUAUCUUUUGAUAAUUUAACAGCAUAAGAAGCUCUGAUCGGUCAGACAUCCAAAGAACAAUAUUUCUUUGUUCUGUUGCGUUUUUCAGCUUGGUUGAACUGACUGAUUAUGUGGAUAUCGCUUCCCAAUUGCGCAUGAGGGGAGUCCAGAUAGGAGUAACUUUGAAGGAUGUAAAAUGAUUAUAUGAAGCCUUUUCAGCAAUUCAAGAUUGAUGAUGAUUGUACUGGAUACCACUAUCUAUUUGCUGUCCUUUUCCUGUUUCUGGUGAUCUGGAGAUGAAUCUAAACUCUGAUCCAGGUCAUUUGCUGUUCUAGAAUAUGAAGCUGCCUGUGGCAUCAGCCUCUAAUUCUUCUCCUUAGGAAGCUUAAGCCUGUUUUGGCCUUUUCUUGGGUAAAUGUUUCUGCAAGCCUCAAAUGAGAGAGCAUCUGAUCACAUUUUUUUAUAAGUUCCUAUAUUAUUUAUUCUUUCGAUUCAUUUAUGAAUUCUUGUAAGAAGAUUGAUAUACAUGGAAUAUACAAUACGACCUCUCUACAA